UGAAAUCAGGGUCCAAGCAGCAUGUACAGUAGCACUUUAAGGUCUGUAUGCCAGUAAAGACAGAAUGGACACCUUGCUACAACAGCUGACCCGUGGUAAUGCUCUGUUCCUCAUCAUUAUUUUGGGAAUUGGAGGAAGCUUUCAAAAUGGCUAUCACACUAGUGGACUGAGUUCUCCCUCACCGUACAUUCGGCGCUUCAUCAACAGCAGCUGGUACGAUAGAUAUGAAGAGCCUCCACCUCCACAGACGGUCACGAUGAUCUGGUCCCUUAUUGUUUCAAUGUAUGCUGUUGGGGGACUCUUUGGUGCUGUCAGUGUCAGAUUUAUCUCCGACAUGAUGGGAAGAAAAAAGACGAUGAUGUGCAACAGCGUUAUUGCCGUAGUUGCAGCAGGGGUCAUGCUGACAAGUAAAUCUGCCAAUUCAUAUGAAAUGAUAAUCGUGGCAAGGAUCCUGUAUGGCUACUCGGCAGGUUUGGGAGCCAACAUCCAUUCAUUGUACCUGGGAGAGAUUUCACCCAGAAAGAUCAGAGGGACUGUGACUCAGUCCGUAGCGACAUUCGGGUCACUUGGUAAACUGUUUGGACAGUUUUUUGGACUGAGUGAGAUCCUUGGUCGUGAGGAGCUGUGGAACAUCGUCCUCUGUGUUCCUGCCUUUUUCUCAGUGGUUCAGCUUAUAGUGUUGCCUUUUCUCCCCGAGGCUCCCAGAUACAUAUUCAUUGAGAAAGGUGAUGAGAAGGCUUGCAAAAAAGCUCUCCAGAGUCUGUGGGGCCAAGGUGACUACAAACAGGAGAUGGACGAGAUGUUGGCUGAGCAGGUGGCCAUUGAGGCAGCCCCACAAAAGAGCCCUCUGCAGGUGCUGAGGGACAGGACUGUCCGAUGGCAGCUUCUCACCAUGGCCGUCAUCUACUCCUGUAACCAGAUAUCGGGCAUGUCUGCGAUCAGUACCUUCUCUUUUGAUAUCUUCCUGAAGGCAGGUAUACCGAGAGAUAAGAUCCGCUAUGUUACUCUUGGUCUUGGAGUAUGUGAAAUCAUCAGCUGCAUCUCCUGUGGGCUGCUGAUUGAGCACACUGGGAGGAAGCCGUUGAUCUGGGGGGGUUAUUGUAUCAUGUCUGCCAGCUUGGUGUUCACCACUGUCACGUUCACCCUGAAGGAUUCCAGCUACUGGGUUCCAUACAUCACCAUUGGUUUGAUCAUCGUCUUCAUCAUCUGCUUUUGCAUUGGACCUGCGGGGGCCACGAGUACUCUGACCAAUGAGCUCUUCACCCAGUCCGACCGAACGGCAGCGUAUGUCCUCACGGGGUUCCAACGCUGGUUCUUAACCACUGUGAUGGGCCUAUCCUUUCCAUUCAUUAUUAACGCCCUGGAGUCGUACUGCUUUGUGGUGUUCGCCUGUAUGUGCCUGCUGGGUUCUCUUUACACCUUCUUCCUCCUGCCUGAGACUAAAGGGAAGACCCUGCUGGAGAUCGCCGAGGAGUUUAAAGCCAUCACCGUCUGUGGGAAAUCCUUCAUAGAGAAAAAGAGAUUGGAGACCAAGUUAUAAGGCAGUCCAGAUACAGUAGACUGACUGACUGACAGAGGGAUGAUGAAGGACUCUGUGUGACCAAAAUGACAAUAUUUAUGCUUUGUGAAGUAUUUAAAUCAAUUACAAAAGCAUCAGUCAACAAACACUGUAUAUUAUAAAGGCCGUAAAAUGGAAGUGCGCUGCAGUUAAAUUACUGAGACGAACAUGUAAACUAUAAUGAGCUAUAAUGUUUUAUUCCUUGUCAUUGUCCAUAAACAGGUGCCACUUCUGAUGCCACUGUUAUUGUUAUUGCUGUCAUUCUUAGUUCAGGUCAGAACUCAUACUAUCUACAACAUGUGAGGGUGUAAGGCAAGAGGAUAACUUAAGUCAGAAGGAUGAGAAAAUAUGUGAUGUUUCAGGAAAAAUGACUUGAAGGUACAGUGUGUAGGAUUUGGCGGGAUCUAGUGGUGUGGUUGCAGAAUGCAACCAACUGAGUACCGCUAAUGUGAGCCGUGAUAAUACCGUUCGCCUCACUCAGAGGCCAUCCUUACCGUGAUAACACUAUUUUAGGAGCAAAAGAAGUCAGAUUGCGCCUGGCUGUACCACGGUUUUACACUCGGCGGCUCACGUUACUGCAGUUUCACA